AUGCCCAAACACGGUCUGGACGUUGGAGCCUGUGAGGUGUUCCGCUUCUACAAACUCAUCCCACUGAAAGGACUGAUAGAACCCAUCUCCAUGAUUGUGCCCAGGAGGUCGGACACGUAUCAGGAGGACAUCUACCCUAUGACAGCGGGCACAGAGCCGGCGAUGUCUGCAGCGGAGUGGCUCAGCGGCAUCAAUCGAGAACCAGUGCUGGUGUCUCUGAAGGAGGGGUACAGCCGCCCGAACCAGCUGGUGUUCAAAGCUCCACAGAAGAAGAGCGCGGUGGUGAAUGGCAUCGAUCUGCUGGAGAAUGUGCCUCCCAGGACAGAGAACGAGAUGCUGCGGGUGUUCUUCCGGCAACAGGAGGAGCUUAGGAGGCUGAAGGACGAGCUAGCCUCUAAAGACGUCAGGAUACGACAGCUAGAACUGGAGCUCAACAACCUGAAGAACGUGAGCCCUAACGGCGUCUGA